AUGUCUGAGCAGGAGAAGAAUGUUUCUGAGAAUUCUCCAGUUGGUUCUAAUCAAUCUGGAUCUGGCGAAGAUUUGUCAGAUGUCUCCGCGUCAGAGUUAGAAUUGGUUGGAGACGACACCAAGUCUUUGAUUUUUGGUAAAACAUUGAUGGAUGAAGCCGAGUUGGAUGGGAUGGUUACAAAUAGGAUGGUGGAAAAGGCUUCUGUUCGUUUGCCUAAAAAUAAAACAACUCCUAAGCCAGAGCCUCAUGAGUGUGUUGUUUUUCAGGAUCAAUUCUCUACUGGACUUCGCUUGCCUUGUCAGGAUUUUGUUAAAGAAAUUUUUAAGGCGUAUAACAUUGAGAUGCAUCAUUCGACUCCGAAUGGGAUAGCUAAAAUUGCUCUUUUUAUCUGGGCUGUGAAAUCUCAAAAUGCGAACUUGGAUAUUGGAGCCUUUUGUACUUUUCAUGAGAUGCAUACUCAGUUUAGGAACAAAACAGUGGAUGAGAAGGAUGAUUCAAGGAAGACUGUGAAGAAGUAUUCUUUGGCCGCCAAGAUGACCAAGAAUAUUUUUGACUGUAAGCCUGAAUUUGCUAGUUCGAAGAAUUCUAGAACUUGUGAAAAGGCUUAUAAGUUGACUGCCAAUCAGCAAAGUGCUCGUGAUCUUUGCGAGGAAUAUAUCGCAGCUCGUGUUUGGCCUCUUAAAAAAGGCUGGAGCUUUAUACGUUUUCAUAAGAAAGUUGUGAGAUGA